GGAUGGCUAGAUUUUGGGGAUUCAAAAUUUGAAAUCCCGUGUACAAAGGUCAAUCUCUACUUACAACUAUUACUACUCCUUCCAACUUUCAACAAUUUUCCAUUCUUCAACAAUUUUCCAUUCUUCAACUCCCCCCUUUCACUUUCUCUCUCUUUAUCUACUCAUUUUCGAAUUUCUUCAACAAUGGCGAUGCCUCUCAACUCCGAAGAAAAUCCUCCUGCUGUUGAAAUCACCAUUGAUUACCUCUCUUCCGAAGAUCUCAAGCCCUUAUCUGACCCCGAUAUUCAGAUUCAGGGUUUAAUUGAGGGUUUGGAAUCAAAGGAUUGGAUCAAGGUCUGUGAUUCAUUGAAUGAUACUAGGAGAUUGGCUAUUCAUCACUCCACUCUUUUGCUUCCAUUGUUAGAACCGGUUGUUGUGGUGUUGGUGAAGGCUAUGAAAAACCCAAGAAGUGCUUUGUGCAAGACUUCCAUCAUGGCUGCUGCUGAUUUAUUUGUUGCUUAUCGCGAUAAGCUGAUGGAACCUGAUUUCUCUGGUUGUUUUGACAAUUUGCUGCUGCAAUUAUUGCUGAAAGCAUCUCAAGACAAGCGGUUUGUGUGUGAAGAAGCAGACAAGACCUUGAAGUCAAUGGUUCAAUCUCUUACUCCUCUUCCUAUGCUUCAAAAUCUUCAGAAAUAUGCCAGCCAUUUCAAUCCUAAAGUUAGGGCUAAAGCUGCUGUGUCCAUCUCCAAUUGUGUUUCCAGAAUGAGUUUCGAAGAUUUACAGGAAUUUGGGUUGGUUUCACUGGUUCAAGUGGCUGCUAAUUUACUAAAUGACAGGCUUCCAGAAGCCAGAGAAGCUGCACGAAGUAUUACCAUGUCAGUAUACAAGUCAUUCACUGAAAAUGAAGAUCAAAAGCAAGAGGCGUGGCAAAACUUUUGCGAGUCUAAUCUACCAGCACUUCAUGGACAAUCCAUAAUCAAAAUCACAACAAUUAAUUAGGUCUAUAGCUGCCUCAGGCAGCAGCAGCAGCUGUGUACAUAAAGAAGUACUGUGCGUUUUAUCUUCUCUGAAGAUGCCUUUUGAGAAUUUAGGUCCUCAUCAGUUGAUUUGUGUGAUACCUAGUUGAUCUUAAGCUGUAUCACAUGGUUGUUACGACAUUUUUGGAAAUCUUGUUUGCUUCCUCAUUCUUACUAUGAAAGGUAGCUACGUAUCUCUUUUCAAAUCAAACAUAAAUGAGUUUGUUGUCUUUUCAAGGUGAUAUGAUCAUGUCUUGUAAUCCCAGAUGCUGGCAUAAUGCCCUUUUUUGAUGUCUUAUCUUUGUUCCCGCAUUGUUCUAUUGGGGUUGAAUUUUGAAUGUUUGAUGAUAGAGAAUAUGGUUUUUGCUUUUUUGGGGUUGAA